UAAGAAACAAACUUUUUUCUCGAACUUCACGCUCACACAUAUCAAUCUUCCUUUUAUUCGACUCAGAAUUUUUAUUUUUUUAUUUUUUUUUUUUGUCUGCCCGAGAAAAAAUCAGAUCGUGAAACUUGCUGAGAACGAAAUUGAAUCGAAGAUUGUUCUUUUAUUUUUUUCUUUAAUCGUUUGUUUGGUUGCAGAGAAAAGAAAGAAAGAAAUUAAGAAAGAAGAUCGAUGGGUUCAGAACAGAGCGAAGGUACAAGCUAUCAGCCAUCGGAGCCAAAACCAUGUGCAAACAACUGUGGCUUUUUCGGCACAGCCGGAACCAUGAAUCUCUGUUCUAAAUGCUACAGAGAUUUCCGCAUCAAAGAGGAACAGGCAGCUUCAGCCAAAGCCGCCGUGGAAAAGUCUUUCAACCCCUCCGGCGCCGCCGUAACCAAACAGCCUGAGAAUCAGGCAGCGGUGUUUUCCGGUGUUGCAUCGCAAUCGUUUAUCGGAUCUUCCUCUUCUCCUUCUUCGUCUACGGCGGCGAUCGGCGGUGAUCGAGUGGAACCGAAGGCGGCGAACCGGUGUUUGACCUGCAACAGGAAGGUCGGAUUGACCGGGUUUAAGUGCAAGUGCGGGAGUAUGUUCUGCGGAGCGCAUCGGUACCCGGAGAAGCAUGAAUGCACUGUUGACUUCAAAAUUGCUGGUCGCGAGGCCAUUGCCAAGGCUAAUCCUGUGGUUAAAGCUGAUAAGAUUCAGAGGUUAUAAAUCCGGCUGUUUAUAGAAUUUUAUUGUCUUUUUUUGGUUGGGUUUUAUUUUCUAGUGUGAUUUGGGAUUAUAUUUAGCUGAGUGAUUGAAAUUUGGGAGUAGAAGGAAAUUUAAUUAUGAUGCUUUUAUUUUAUUUAUUUA